AUGCAGUCAUUGGAAGCUCCAAUCGGUCGCUGCCAUUCCUCGAGCCAUGUUGUGGGUAUUCGAGGGGGCCUGAAACUGAGCUUCAUACUGCUCGAGCCUGUCAUAUACUUGCAAGGAGACGGAAAGCCCGAUCGCCAUUCCAAGAAUCAGCCGGCAGUCUCUCGGGGUUAUCUCCAUCUUGAGGUCACCAAGCCGACCAAAAUUAAGAGCAUAUGCGUCUCCUUCCAUGGUCUUGCUAGGUUCCAGCCGUUGGGGGGAAGACAGGAUCUGAUCACAUGUGGUAUUACCUACUUUGAGAACGGGCAUGCGACAUUACAAGACAGCGGCUAUCGCAACUUGUCUAUAUCGGCUGCAGAGAUUGGUCAGAUUGUCAAAAUCAACGCUCUAGCAUUGCAGGUUGAGCAACUUUUACCUCCCGAGUAUUAUUCAGGCAGCUUAGAUCGGUCUGGGCUUCCGCGCCCUUGUAGCGAAAGCCCCCAACAUACCAACAACAGUCGCCCGAAAGGCCAUUAUACGAUGUUUCCUGCUGGCGGUUAUAUCUACCCUUUCGAGUUUCUCGUGCACGACUCACUUCCUGAAACUAUCAGCACUGGGCUUGUAUCUGUUCGUUACUACCUCGAAGCUAAAAUCGAAUUCCCUGGAAUUUCCCGUUCACAAAUGCGUUCACAACUGGAUAUCCCGCUCCUUCGAUUGCCUUCAGAAAACUCACUGGAACUAACUGAGUCAAUUAUUAUCUCUAAGGACUGGCGUGAGCAGCUUCACUAUGAUAUUUGUUUCCUCGGCAGAAGCUUCCCUUUAGGCUCCCGGAUACCAAUAAGGUUGAAACUGACUCCUUUCAUCGACCUAAAAUGUUGCUGGCUGAAAGUAUAUGUGUCUCAGCACAUGCAGUACUGGAAAACGGGACGGGAAACUCGCGUAUUACAGCUGGGUAAAAGAAAAGUGCUUCUGUUUGAAAAGCAGGCGGGGAAUGAAUAUAGAAGCACCUAUCCUGGCAGCAAAAUCCGGAUCACUUCAGACCGGGACAAAAUACGACCGACAGAUACGCAAACUUGGAAUCUGCUCGGGGAAGUACUGGAAACACAUGAAAUUGAAUUACAGGUACAAUUGCCCAGAUGCCCUGAAUUGAAAGAAAUACCGCAGUGGCAACGACUUCAUACAAGCACCAAAGCAGGUAAACCUGAUGUGAACCACUGGAUCCAGAUCGUCCUCUGUCUUUCCAAUGAAGAUAGGGAUGGGACAGCAGCUAAAAAGCAGAACGCUUUCCAGCUCCUAAUCAUCGAAACACCCAUCACUGUUCUAUCCUGCAAGGCGACUCCGUCCAACAUCUACGUUCCGCCAUAUGCAGUUGAACCCGAUACAAAAGCAAUGUCAUUUCAAAAUUUGGAAUGCGACUGUGUUGGCAAUGACUUUACGGAAAUUAUUGCACCAAAGCACAAAGCCGAAGUGCCAGAGACUGAAGCCAAGUCUGUUGAGCAAAUCUUUCUAGACAAUUUAACAAGGCCAGUCAGCUUCGAGAGCAGCUCCAGCGAUAUUAAGCCGCCUGCACAAGCCCAUAUAAGUAAAUGGAGCUUUCAAUAUAUUUUCCAAUGA